AUUUUUGAAGCAGCAACAUGAAAAUCUUAAUCUUGUUCAUAAUGGUUACUAGUGCAGUUAGCUUGUCAGGAAAGCAUUUUCUGUGGUUCUCAUGUGAUGCAGAUGAUGAUGUGAAACUGUCAUUUCAACAGUGUUUGACAGUUUUGCCACCAUUGUGUUUCCAGUCAAUGCAACAAUGUAUGACAAAACUACGACCAGGAACCAAUACAACAGAGUUCCAGCAAGAGAUGUGUCUGAACACCACCCUCCAGAAUGAGAUACUGGCAUGUAAGAAUGAAGAGAUAAUAAACAAUUUGUGUAAUGAAACGUUCAGUGCCACUGAUUACAAAAACAUUGAAGCAUUUGAGGGAUGUGUCCUCAACAUAUUCCUCUCUCAGAACACGAACGCUUGUAACCAAAUGUCUGGAGACCAAAGUCCACUACUCCUAAGAUAGAAUGCCUUUAUUCUUUCAGCUCCUAACCAUGAAGUUAUAAAUGAGACGCU